AUGAGAAAAACAAUAAAGAAUGAAUUGGGUGAUCGUCAGUUUAGUAUACAGGUAGAUAGUACUCAAGACAUAGGUACCAUUGAUCAGGCAGCUAUUUGUUUACGCUAUGUUUCUAACUCUCAAAUAAAAGAACGGCUAUUUAGUGUAGUACAAGUAAAAACAUCAUCAGGAAAAGGACUGUAUGAAUUACUCAAAGAAUGUUUCUCUCAAAACGACAUUAAUUUUAAAAAUAUUAUUGGAUCUUCUUUUGAUGGAGCUGCUAACAUGCAGGGCGAGUUCAAUGGAUUGCGUGCUUUUAUAAAACAAGAAAAUCAAAAUAGUGUGUACAUUUGGUGUUAUGCACAUAUUUUGAACUUAUGUGUUUGUGACACAUGCGAAAAUUUGGCAGCUAAAAAUUUAUUUGGUUUAUUAAAUAGAUUAGCAACUUUUUUUUCUGAUUCAUACAAAAAGAUGGGUGUGUGGAAAGAAAUUCAGGAAAAACUGACAACCGGUCAAAACAAACUGAAAAAAUUACAGAAAAUAGGUGAAACUCGUUGGUGGUCUCGCGAAAAAGCAUUACUAUGGAUGUUUGACGGAAAUGACUGUUUAUAUCCUAUAGUGAUAAAUGCAUUGGAUUUUGUGGCAACAUCAAAAACUUUUGACCCAAAAUCUAUUUCCGAAGCCAAUUCAUUAAAAGAAAAGUUGUGUCAAUUUAAUAUUAUAGUAACAGCUCAUUUAUUUCUUCCAAUUUUCAAAAGUAUUGGCCCUACUUCAACAUACCUACAAUCAAAGAAUUUGGAUAUAUUGAAUGCUUUUUUAAUGGUGGAUAAGUGUAUUGCUGACAUAAGUAACUUAAAAUUUGAGAAUGUUCUUAAAUCAUCCAAAGAUUUCGUUUUAAAAAUGAAUAAUUCCCUUCACAAAAUUGCAUUAAAUAAAGAGAUAUUUAUUGAGAAUGAUUUUCCUAAAAACAGAAGAAGAAUAAAAAAACUUAUGUUUGAUGAAGUUUGUGACGAUGAAGCACCAACAGAUCCAAAACAAAAAUUUCGAGUAGAAGUUUUUCAAUGUAUCAUCGACCAAUUGCGAACCAGCCUAACUGAAAGAUUUACUAACAAUAAAAGUUUGGUUGCAGAUAUGCAAUAUUUAUUGCCAAAACAUUAUAAUGAUAUAAGAAAUAAAUUAAUUCCUAAAUCAGCAUUACAAAAGUUAUCACUAUUAUCAUCUGUUGAUCACUCAAAAUUAAUUGAUGAACUUGAACACUUUGCUGGAAUUUAUGAUAAAAUUUCUAAACCAUUAUAUAAAAAAACUGUUGAUAUCUAUGACGAAAACACAAAUAAUGAUGAUGAUAAUUUAAUUGUAACUGAUAUGGAUUAUGAAGAUUUUUCUUUGGAUUGGGAUGAUACUCAUCUAUCUGUUACAGGUAACUAA